CCAUUCAUCCGGCCGAUACUCCGACUGAAAAAUAUGUCGAGAUUAAUCAGCUAUGCAAUGCAUCUAGAUUCGGAUUUCAAAGAGGAUUAUGGGCGUGUGUGUCUAAAUUAGAUGGUGCGAUUACAAAUCUUGGUAAUUUCGGAUUGGAUUAGCCUCUAAAUCACACAGUCAUCGGCGCUGAAUCCCCCCACAUCCCUGCGCGUAAACAGCCAAACAGGCGGUGGGGAUGCGGGGAUGAUUUUUGAUGACGCUGCGAUGGCUACCUGCGGAGAUACCGAAAUUCAAACAAUAAUGAGGAUCCGCUUUCAUUUCAAGUCGGAUUAGUCGUUCAAAUCGCUUCUUUUUUGGAUAUAAUUUGGCCAUGAUUUUCCUGCGGAGGCUCGCGCAGCUGAUGGUGCUGCUGAUCCAGAGCGGAUGGUGGGGGGUCGCGCCGAGCCCCACCGAUGAGGGAGCACUCCGGGCCGGCCACGGGGAGCACGGAGAGCCGGGACACCAGGAGCCCCAUAAGGACUCCUACAGCACCUUCGCCUCCGAGUUCCUGGAGUCCAGAUAUCUGUCCGAUGACGGUUAUCCGUUCCCCACCGCCCCACCAGUGGAUCCCUUCGCCAAGAUCAAAGUCAGCGACUGCGGAGUAACCAAAGGCUGCAUAAGAUAUGGGAAGCCAGGAUGUGAUGCAGAAACGUGUGACUACUUUCUGAGUUAUCGGCGCAUCGGGACCGAUGUGGAGUAUGAAAUGAGUGCAGACACAGACGGCUGGGUGGCUGUAGGUUUCUCCUCUGACAAGAAAAUGGGAGGAGAUGAUGUCAUGGGCUGUGUCCAUGACGAUAACGGACGGGUACGAAUUCAUCACUUCUACAAUGUCGGCCAGUGGGCCAAGGAAAUAAAAAGAAACCCUGCUAGAGAUGAAGAGGGCAUUUUCGAGAGCAACCGGGUGACUUGCCGUUUCAAGCGGCCGUUAUAUGUCCCCAGAGAGGAAACACUGGUGGACUUACACCUGUCCUGGUAUUACCUGUUUGCAUGGGGACCUGCUAUACAAGGUUCCAUCACGAGGCAUGACAUCGACAGUCCGCCUGUCAGCGACCACAUGAUCAGCAUCUAUAAGUAUGAGGACAUCUUCAUGCCUUCUACAGCCUAUCAGACCUUCAACUCUCCCCUCUGCUUGCUGCUCAUAGUAGCUCCCACCUUCUAUUUACUGAUGGGAACGCCAUGAUGAAGCACAGCAGAGCACAUAGUGGGGUAAAAAAAAAAAGCAGGAAGAGAAGUAGCAAUAAAUAAGUUGUCUGAUGCCACAUUCAUGUGUGCACUUUGCACAAAGAGACAUUGUAUUACAUAUAUUAACCCUUUGAAA